AUGGCUGACCAGAAUGGACAGUUAACAAACCCGCAAAGCAGCAGUUCACCGCAACCCCCUACAAGCGGUGCAAACUCUCCCGCCAUCGCCGUCACCGAACAAACACCGGCCAACAAAGACAGUCCCGCAGGGCAGGCUGAACAAGUACCGGCGACCGAAGAGGCAGCGGUGGAAAGCGGACAGGCUCCGGUACAAAUGACGCUGGAUAUUUCAAGUAUUAGGAAGCCAGGCGAGAAGACAUUCACGCAGCGCUCCCGUCUAUUUGUUGCCAAUCUGCCGAUGGACAUAGCCGAGGAGGAUUUUGUCAAAUUAUUCGCUAAAUAUGGAAAUACAGCCGACGUCCUUAUUAACAGAGAGCGAGGAUUUGGCUCAAUUCGAUUGGAGACCCGUACACUAGCGGAAAUUGCUAAAGCUGAGCUAGACGGGACGAUUUUAAAUAAUCGACCAAUCAAGAUCCGCAUCGCUGCACAUGGCGCCGCCCUCACUGUCCGCAACCUUUUGCCUGUUGUCACAAAUGAGCUUUUGGAGCAGGCCUUUUCCCAAUUCGGCCCGGUUGAACGCUGUAUCGUUCUGACGGAUGACCGGGGACGGCCUACCGGCAAAGGCUUUGUGGAGUUCGCUAGCAAAGCGGCCGCGCGUAAAGCUUUGGAACGCUGCACGGAGGGCGCGCUGCUGCUAACAGCCACACCUUGUCCAGCGAUUGUGGAGCCUACAGAGCACUUUGAUGAUGAGGACGGACUACCUGAAAAGCUGAUACAGAUAUCUCCCAAAUACCUCAAGGAACGUUCUAAGACACCACAUUUCGCCCAGCCGGGGACAUUUGAGUUUGAAUGUUCGUCUCGUUGGAAAGCUCUGGACGAGCUGGAGAAACAGCAACGAGAGCAGGUGAACAAGAGCAUUAAAGAGGCCAAAGAGAAGCUGGAGGCUGAACUGGAAUCGGCCAAACACGAACACCAACUCAUGUUGAUGAGACAUGAUUUAAUGAGACGUCAAGAGGAGCUGAGACGACUGGAGGAGCUUCGCAACCAAGAGCUUCACAGGCGAAAACAGUUAGAGUGGAGGCACGAGGAGGAGCGAAGACGACGAGAAGAGGAAAUGAUGAGAACGCACAGAGAACAGGAAGACCUGAGACGCCAACAAGAUAACUAUAAUCCGGCACAGCAGGACAAUAGAGAACAGGACAUGAGAGUGGCUGAUCUGGGCCCUCGCGGAGCCAUUAAUAUUCCAGAUGGCUUUAACCCAGCCAUGGCAGGUUCCAGCGCGAACCAGAGUCAAAUGAUAAACAUGGGAGGAAGGAGUGCCACCAUCAGCCCAGAGGGAACUGUAAAUGUGGGCUCACAGUCAAUGCCUGAAAAUAGCAAUAUGAGAGGCGACAGAUAUCCUCUGAGUGGAUCUCUGGCAGGACGAGCCGAGGCGGAAUCACCCAAGCAGCAGCAGCCGCAACAACUGCAGCAGCCGCAAGGACCUCCAGUCGGUCCGACACCAGUGUAUGGAAGCGGGAGUCCUGUAGAUGGAGUGUUUGACGGGCCAAAUAGCAAGCGUCGACGCUAUUGA